AUGGGUCCACUGAGCAAGCCCACGGUUCCGGUGAGCGAGCCCACAGUUCCGGUGAGCGAGCCCACGGGUUCCGGUUCCAGUGAGCGAGCCCACAGGUUCCGAGCCAGAGGCCUCAUGGUUUUUUCACCAAGAAUAUUUCUCAAAGUGUCAUUUGUCACAAUUCAGAGGCAAAAACCUGAGUGCUGCGCGAAGACCCAGUAUCCUCAAACACCUCCUGUUUUACAAACUACAAACCUCUCUGGCAGCCGGGUAAGGAAGGGCCACGUGAGCAGCUGCCCUGUGCACGACCUCCACCCAGAGUCGACACGUUGAGACCGCCGGCUGCCUCGACUCAGCCGCGGCGGACACAACCUCCGGGACACAAGCAGGCAUCCACGCCAGGCCGAGCACUGUUGCAUCAGUGAAGCGUGCUCCCGACCCUGCACCCACCCGCACGUCACCCUCAGUGCCCACUCUCAGCUCCACCACACCCAGGCGGAGGCACGGCGAGGUGCUCAGGCCUGGCCAGCUUAGCCACAGGCCAUGGCGAGUGCAGGAAAUGGCAGGAUGUGGCCGGAUGUGGCCCUCCUCAACAGCUUUGCCCGCAGAGUCUCGGGGUCAGGUGCUCUCCUGCCCAUUGUCACCACAGGAGCACUGGCUGACAGGCACGAGGCCUGGGAAGUCGGCUCCGCAGCGGGAGCGAGGCCGUCCUUCAGCGAGGGUCCGCCGCGGCACACAGCCCAGCAGGCCAAGGCCCUGGGGGUUCCAAUCAGAAGACCCCUGGAGACGGUGGCAAUCACGGCACAGUUUGCAAACAGCAGAGACAAAGAGAAGAACAAGAAGAAAUGGAAAAAGUGA